UUUGUAAAACAAGUAAAGCGGUGUUUCGAAUUUUCUGGCGAGAGAAGAAGAGAAAUAAGGGCAAAGGAGAAAUUAAAAAACCAGAGAGAUUAAAAUGGAAGACGAUGAAGCGACGAAACAGCGAGGAAUACUUGAAGAAGAAGAAGAAAAUUUUACUGGAAGAAGAGAAGAAAGUGAAAACGAGUUUCCCUCACAUCAUCCUCCUCCUCCGCCUGAUGAGUUGUUUGACAUUUCGACUACAGUUGAUCCUAGCUAUCUUAUUUCACUGAUAAGGAAACUCCUUCCAAUUGAUUCGGGAAGUGACGAACGACAUAAUGAUCAUAUGAAUACGGAUAAUGUGGUUCAAGGUGUAGUAGCUAUAUCUGGAAAUGGGGUUGUUGAGACUUCCAAUGGUGAUCCAGAGAGCAUGGACAUUGGAGAUAAUCAUGAUGAAUCCACUUAUGAGGUGGGGGAGACGGUUAGUUCAUGUCCAGCGCCGGGAAUGCAAGACGGGUCAUCGGCAUGGGAAGAUCAUGGUUGUGUUUUGUGGGAUCUUGCCGCCAGUAGAACUCAUGCUGAGCUAAUGGUACAGAACCUAAUUUUAGAAGUGCUUCACGCAAACCUUAUGGUUUCAAAAUCUCCCCGUAUUCGAGAAAUCUGUCUCGGGAUUAUUAGGAACCUUGCUUGCCAUGAAGGUCUGUUGAAACAUAUAGAGUCUACAGCCGGAAUCGUCAAUACACUUGUGGGGCAGUUGUUUCUUGAUGAUACCCAAUGCCUAAGUGAAGUUUGCAGGAUACUCACCACAGGACUCUCUGGCGCUGGGUGUACUUCCUGGGCCCAUUGUUUGGAGUCUGAUGAUAUACUUCGCCAUAUUUUGUGGAUUGCGGAAAAUACCUUGAAUCCUCAUCUUAUUGAAAAGAGUGUAGGGCUAUUGUUAGGUAUCAUAGAAGGUCAACCUGAGGUUGAGCAGCUAUUGAUUCCUCCACUAAUGAAUCUGGGUUUGACGAGUCUCUUGAUCAAUCUUCUUUCAUUUGAAAUGAGCAAGUUGACUAAAGAAAGAAUUCCAGAAAGGUACCCCGUCCUUGAAAUUAUUCUCCGAGCUAUUGAAGCCCUUUCUGCUUCAGAUAGCUAUUCUAAAGAGAUUUGCUCUAGCAAAGAACUUUUUCAAUUAGUCUGUGAUCUUAUGAAACUUCAGGACAAAGCCGAGGUUGCAACAUCUUGUGUUACUACUGGAGUUUUAAUCGCAAAUAUGCUGUCUGAAAGAGUCGAUUUCAUUCCAGAAGUAUUGGAAGAUUUUUCUUUCUUGGAAGGUUUAUUCAGUACUUUACCAUUUGCUUCGGAUGAUGUAGAAGCAAGAAGAGCCCUUUGGAAUGUUAUUGCGAGAUUACUUGCCAGAGUUAAUGAAUCCGAGAUAAACACAUUCCUUCUGAGUCAGUACAUAUUGGUUUUGUUAAGCAACGCAGAUAUUAUUGAAGAUGAUUUUCUUGAUACCCAACUAGAAGAUUCAAACGAGUCCCGAAACUCAUUCCCUUCCCAGAUAAAGUCAAGCGCACGAACAAUUGCUGUAUCCACUUUUAUAUUCCUCUAAUUUUGUUACUUCUUUCUAGAUUCUACAUAGUUGGCCUGUACAGAUCUUUUGUGGACCUUAAGCAACAACAGAUACAGAAGAUUGAAUCGAUAUUGAACAAUUGGAAUGCUCGCAAGGAGAAUUUACAGGAGGAAACCGUGAACGGGAAUUGCUCUAUAAACCUAGCUGAUGUUAAAAGGCUAUUCGAUUGCUGUCACAGAUAUAUCAAGGAAGCUAUUCAACUAUAAAUAUUCUCCAUUGAAGGAUCUUAAUUCAUGGGGAAUCUAUCUCUUGAAAGUUUACAAUCUUCUCUACUUUCAAGGCAUACCACAUGAAGUCAGCUUCAAGAAAUGGCAGACCCAGUAGACUUUUGAACAGACAGAUUCAGGUUAGAACUUGCUUCUCUCUUAGGGCACAAUAUGACAAAUUGUACACAAGAAGAAUAGAUGUGCAACAGAAAAAAUAACUCCUCAAAUAUUCAGAAAUAGAAGUUUCACCGAGUAUCUUUCGACAUAAAUCUCAAUUCAAAUGGGCAUAACAAUAAAACAUACUGAAACUUUGAGACUAAAGUAGAGAGAUGGAUGAUCAGGAGAUGAGAGAGAUGCCAGAGACCAAGAGAUUGUCAGCGAGAAUCUUGUUAGCAGCUUCCGUUGGAUGAAAUCCGUCCCAAAAGACAUACUCAGUUGCAUUGUUACAUGUUCCUACUGAUUUUGGGUUGCACAGUAUUGAUGUCUCUAGUAACCCUGUUCCACAACAAGCUCUUCUUGCCUCUGCAAAUCCUGAAAGUUAAACACACACUUAUUAGUAUGAUGUUAGUAAGAAUUGUUUUUUAUGCUUUGACAUGUAUGUAUAAAUACCAAAUUCUGAUGGCCUGGUGGCAAGAUCAUAGAGAGGCUGAUAGAUAUCAAAGACGACUAAAUUGAGUCCAAUGAGGUUUCUCUUGAGAUCCUGUGACGUCGUAUUGAGUUUGUUGUUGAAGGAGAUUGCGUCG